UUUAGCCAAAAUUGAUCUGAUGAAGGCCAUCAUCGUUAUAGAGAGGGCAUUGACUUUUUGACUAUCGAGAGGGUCCUGAAUCUGCUGCUCUAUGCAUCUACAAUCAACCUGCCGGAGAUACCAUUUGGUGACCGAAAUCCCGAUAUAAAUUAGGAUCCGGAUCUGCUCCAAGAUUCUCAGCCUGUCCGGAUAGCCUGGUGGUCGGUAAAGCCUCGGUAGCCGGUAAUCGACGCCGAUGGAAGACCAAAAGCCCCAUCAUGUCGUCCUCUUCCCCUUCUUAGCCCAAGGCCAUUUCACACCCUUCCUCGCCCUCGCCGAGUUCAUCCACCGCCGGUACCCCACCUACACCCUAACCCUCGUCAGCACCCCUCUCAACGUCCAAAACCUCCGCUCCUCCCUCCCACCAACCUUCCCCAUCACCCUUCGAGCUCUCCCCUUCUCCCCAUCUGCCCAUGGCCUCCCCUCCACCGCCGAGUCCGCCACUGACAUCCCCUUCGACCUUACCAUCAAUCUCUUCCAAGCCUCCGAGGCCCUUCAGCCCGCCUUCGAUCAGCUCAUCGCCGACAUAAUCCAAGAGGAAGAAGGCCGUCCUUCUCUCUGUAUCAUCGCCGAUCAUUUCUUGGCUUGGACGGUGCACGUUGCGCGGAGGCACGGGGUCUUUCACUCCAUCUUCAUAACCAGCGGAGCCUAUGGCACCGCUGUCUUCUUCUCUCUCUGGACUCACCUCCCGCACCCACUCACCACCUCCGACGAGUUUUCCCUGCCCGAAUUCCCCGAUACCCGGGUCCACCGCUCGCAGCUCACAAAGCGCUUGCUUGUUGCCGAUCGUGCCGACUGGUGGACCGUCUUCAUUCAGCGCCAGAUACCGCUUUGCUCCGAGACCGACGCCGUGCUAGCGAACACGGUGGAGGAGUUCGAGACAACUGGCUUGCGGAUGCUGAGGAGAAUCAUCGGAGUUCCUGUCCGGGCCAUCGGCCCAUUGCUUCGUCCACCAGCUUCUCCCUCCUCCUCUACGGCUGACAAGAAUUUUGUCAUCGAUUGGCUGGAUCUCCACCCACCAGGAUCGGUUCUGUACAUCUCAUUUGGCUCGCUAAACACCAUCACAGCGUCCCAAAUGAUGGAGCUGGCGAUGGGGCUAGAGGCAAGCGGGAGGCCUUUCAUUUGGGCCAUUAGACCUCCGGUCGGCUUCGAGAUAAAGGGCGAGUUCAGCCCGGACUGGCUGCCGGAGGCUUUCGAGGAGAGAGUGAGAGAAAGAAAGGUAGGGAUAUUGCUGCGUGGGUGGGCACCUCAACUGGAGAUCUUAUCGCACCGGUCCACGGGCGCUUUUCUCAGCCACUGCGGGUGGAAUUCGGUGCUGGAGAGCCUGAGCCGGGCCGUACCCAUCAUCGGGUGGCCCCUCACGGCGGACCAGCUGUACAAUUCGAAGAUGCUGGUGGAGGAGGUGAGGGUGUGCGUGGAGGUGGCGAGGACGAACAUAGAGAGCACGAGGGUGGAGAGUGAGGAGGUGGCGAGGGUGGUGAAGAUGGUGAUGGGUGAGACGGAGAAGGGGAGGGAGAUGCGGAGGAGGGCGGAGGAGAUAAGGGAUGUGUUGAUGGGAGCGUGGACGGAGGGAGUGGAGUCAUCGGUCAGGGGAUUGGAGGAGUUCUUCCGGGCUGUGGGUUCCGUGAGAAAGGCAUCUUGAGUGCGAGGUUUUACUUUGAUGGAAAUGGACGCCAAAUUGUAAUGGUAGAGAGUUUGUCAAGUUGGAAAUCUUCGACUUUCAGUGAAAGGAAGGAUGGCAGGUAAUUUGCUUGAAGACUACAGGUUAGGGAGUUGCUAGAUAACUGUUUGCGUAAAUGCUCCUCAGAGCGUUGAGGAAUGUUUGCAACGUUGAGAAUGAUUGUUCUAGGCGAGGAAAUUUGUAUCUGGCUACAUCUCUAAUAUUUAUUUCCUGUGUUGAAAUCGCCAUGUAAAAUCUUAUAUCCUCAUUUCUUUUUUACAUCUUGUUAUUUGCCAAUUAUGAAUUGAUCUACGAAGC